AUGAAUUUUAUUCGUAAAAGACUUGGACUGUUGCCCCAGACAACGGCCAUCAUGGAAAUCUACCAAUCUGAAUAAUCAAAUGAAGUUAUUUAUUUAUAUAGGAGAAUUUUAAAAUAAAUCUCAAUUACUUAUGAAAGAAGAUUAGAAAGAAUGCAAAAGUUAAAGGAGGCAUAAUGGAUUUUUAGAGAAUGCAAAGAUGAGAAAGACUAAGAUUAAAUUAAAUACCUGAAGAAUUAAGGAUAUUUAGUAUUAAGGAUGUUAGAAUAGAAUUAAGUUUUGCCUUCCUUUUAUCCUAACCCAUUAGAUUUGGCUGAACCAGAAGUUCAUAAUUAAUUUGGAAAACAACUAUAUAAUAGAGCUAAAUUUUGA